AUGUGUCGCAGUCUGUCAAAAAUGUUAACACAAGCACUUCAUCUGCACAGCUUUUAGAUACAGGAAAUUUAGGUGUAUUCCAGGCUGAUAAAAAUGAAAUCUUUUUAUGGCAAAGUUUUGAUCAUCCUUUAGAUACUCUAAUUCCAGGUAUGAAAGUUGGGGUGAAUUGGAAAACUGGGCUAGAAUGGGUUUUAACAUCUUGGAAGUCACAAGAUGACCCCGGAACUGGGGACUAUACCUAUAGGCUAAGUUCAGAUCAUAAUGCAUUUCCCCAAUUUUUUUUUGUAUAAAGGUUUGAGUAAAUAUUGGCGAAGUGAUGCAGGCCCAGCGCCUACUGUGGUCACUAAUCAAGAUGAAACUUAUUAUUUCAUGAAUGAAACCAAUGCAAUUACAAGAAUAACAGUGACUGAUUCUGCCUCAGAGCGCCUUACAUGGGAUGAUGGUGGUCUUCAAUGGAAGGAAGAGUUCUCUGCACCGAAGUCCCAGUGUGACAGGUAUGGACAGCGUGGUGCCAACAGCAGAUGUAGCCCUGACAAUGUUAAUUUGUUUGAGUGUGAGUCCCUACCAGGGUAUGUGCCUAAUUCGGUAAGUGAUUGGAAUCAGAAAAAUGGUUCAGGUGGAUGUGUGAGUAAUCAACUUGGUUUGUUGAGGUGUGGAGAUGGAGACGGGUUUAUAAAGGUGGCAAGAGUUAAAUAUCCAGACACAUCGAUAGCAGCAUGGUUAAAAUCAGGUAUGAGUGACAAAGAGUGUGAGCAGGAGUGCCUCAGAAAUUGUUCUUGCACUGCAUAUUUGAGCACUGAAAAUGAAGGGAUUGUUGAUUGCUUGACAUGGUAUGAUGACUUGAUGGACAUUUUAGUGUACACAGAGCUUGGACAAGAUCUCUACGUUCGUGUGAAUGCAACCGUGUUAGCAGCAAAUGCCAGAAGAUCACAAGGUUUCUUGGAAAGGAGGGAUAUGCUUGCUAUUCCAAUACUGUCUGCUGUGCUAGCAUUGGUACUAAUCAUUAUGCUUGCAUGGUGGUGGCGUAAGAAGAACAGGAACACAAGAGGCAUAGACUUUGUGGAGGCAGAGGAGCUUCAGGAAAGUCAGAGACACCCCGAAUUGCAAUUUUUCAAUCUUGACACAAUAAUAGCAGCCACAGACCACUUCUCUCGUGUCAAUGAACUUGGCCAUGGUGGCUUUGGCUCUGUUUAUAAGGGUCAGCUACCAAAUGAACAGAAAGUUGCUGUGAAAAGAUUGUCCAAAACUUCAGGACAAGGGAUUGAAGCAGAAUUUAAGAAUGAAGUUGCACUUAUAGCAAGACUUCAACACAGAAACCUUGUGAAACUGUUAGGCUGUUGUAUAAAGGGAGAAGAAAGGAUGUUAGUCCUAGAAUACAUGCCUAACAAAAGCUUGGACUCCUUUCUUUUUGAUAACACAAGACGGUCCUUUUUGGAUUGGGAAAUGCGUUUUGAAAUUAUCAACGGGAUUGCGCGGGGGAUACUUUAUCUUCACCAAGACUCAAGAUUGAGGAUUAUCCAUAGAGAUCUAAAAACUAGUAAUGUUCUGCUAGAUGAUGAGAUGAACCCAAAAAUUUCUGAUUUUGGCAUGGCUAGAAUAUUUCAUGGGGGCCAACUGCAAGAUAAGACGAGCCGAAUUGUCGGAACAUAUGGCUACAUGUCACCGGAGCACGCAGCAUUUGGGAGAUUUUCGACAAAGUCUGAUGUCUUUAGUUUUGGGAUCAUAAUGUUGGAGAUUGUAAGUGGCCAGAAAAACAAUGGUUCUGAUCUGGAGGAUCCUUCCGUGAACUUAGUAGGACAUGUUUGGGAGCUCAGGAGAGAAGGCAGAGCCUUGGAUAUUGUGGAUUCAACACUGAAGUCAUAUCAGCCAAAUGAAGCCAUGAGAUGCAUACAAGUUGCGCUCUUGUGUGUACAAGAAGAUUCGAAGGACCGACCUGCCAUGUCAGCCAUUGUUUUCAUGUUGAGUGGUGAAGCAUCUCCUCCAUUGCCGAAGCAGCCGGCAUUUGUUUACAGAAGAAAUUUCGGCACUGAUGUUGAUCCAUUACAUGCAAACGGAUCUGAUUCUACAAAUGACUUGACAAUAACUACAAUGGAAUAUAUGAAAAUGAGAAAAAAGAUGCCAUUGAUUCAUUCCUACACAAUUGAAAAGGCAGAGAAAAUGUUUUUGAAAGCUCUGCUUCUCUUCCUCCUCUUUCGGUUCUGCACUUCCAGGGACACCAUAAAAGGGAAUGAAGAACAAUUGAAGGAUGUUGUUGAUGGAGACUAUUUAGUGUCCAAAGAAAGCAAGUUUGAAUUGGGUUUCUUCAGCCCCGGAAAUUCUAGCGACCGGUAUGUUGGAAUCUGGUAUUCUCAGACUAGAGUACCUAAUAAAACAGUGGUGUGGGUUGCCAAUAGGAACAAUCCCAUCAAUGAUACCUCCGGUGUGCUCACAAUAAACAGGUAUGGAGAACUAGUCCUUUAUGCUUAUAACAUGGACAGCACUCCUAUUUGGUCUACUAACGUGUCGCGGUCGGUUCAAAAUGUUAACAGAAGCACUUUAUCUGCACAGCUUUUAGAUACAGGAAAUUUAGUUGUGUUCCAGGAUGAUAAAAAUGAAAUCUCUAUAUGGCAAAGUUUUGAUUAUCCUAUAGAUACUCUAAUUGUAGGUAUGAAAGUUGGAGUGAAUUGGAAAACUGGGCUAGAAUGGGUUUUAACAUCUUGGAAGUCACAAGAUGACCCCGGAACUGGGGACUAUACCUUUAGGCUUCAUUCAGAUCAGACUGCCUCCCCCCAAUAUUUUAUGUAUAAAGGUUUGAGCAAAUAUUGGCGAAGUGAUCCAGGGCCAGGGCCUAGUUUGGUCACUAAUCAAGAGGAAACUUAUUAUAUCCUAAAUUACACCGAUGGAAUUACAAGAAUGACGUUGACUGAUUCUGCGUUAGAUCUUCUUACUUGGGAUGAUGGUGGCCUUCAAUGGAAGAAAGAAUUUUCUGCACCGAAGUCCCGGUGUGACUGGUAUGGACAGUGUGGUGCCAACAGCAAAUGUUUCCCUGACAAUGUUAAUCUGUUUGAGUGCGACUGUUUACCAGGGUAUGAGCCUAGUUCUAUAAAUGAUUGGAAUCAGAAAAAUGGGUCGGGUGGAUGUGUGAGUAAGCGAGUUGGUUUAUCAAAGUGUGGGAAUGGAGAUGGGUUUGUUAAUGUGGCAAGAGUUAAAUAUCCAGACGCAUCAAUAGCAUCACGGUUGAGAACAGGUAUGAGUGCCAAAGAGUGUGAGCAGGACUGCUUAAGAAAUUGUUCUUGCACCGCAUAUUUGACCAUUGAACACGAAGGACUCGUGGAUUGCUUGACAUGGUACGAUGACUUGAUGGACAUUUUAGAGUUCACAGAGUUUGGACGAGAUCUAUAUGUUCGUGUGGAUCACAUCGAAUUAGCUGAGAAUGCUAGAAAAUCAAAAGGUUUCUUGGAAAGAAGGGGUAUGCUGGCUAUUCCAAUACUCUGUGCUCUGCUAGCAUUAGUACUAAUCAUUAUGUGCGCCUACUCGUGGCACAAGAAAAAGAGGAGUACAACGGAAUUUGUGGAGGCGGAUGAGCUGGAGGAAACCAAGAGACACCCCGAAUUGCAAUUUUUUGAUUUGGACACACUAAUGGCAGCCACAGAUAACUUCUCUCAUGUCAAUGAACUUGGCCAAGGUGGUUUUGGCUCUGUUUAUAAGGGUCAGUUACCAAAUGAGCAAAAGGUAGCUGUAAAAAGGUUGUCUAAAACAUCAGGACAAGGGACUGAAGAAUUCAAAAAUGAAGUUGCACUUAUAGCAGGACUUCAACACCGCAAUCUGGUAAAACUCUCAGGCUGUUGUAUAAAGGGGGAAGAACGAAUGUUAGUCCUGGAAUACAUGCCGAACAAAAGCUUGGACUCAUUUCUCUUUGAUCACAGAAAGCGGUCCUUCUUGGAUUGGGAAAAGCGUUUUGAAAUUAUUAACGGGAUUGCUCGUGGAAUUCUGUAUCUUCACCAAGACUCAAGAUUGAGGAUUAUCCAUAGAGAUCUAAAAACCAGCAACGUUCUUCUAGAUUCUGAAAUGAACCCAAAAAUUUCCGACUUUGGCAUGGCAAGAAUAUUUGAUGGCGACCAAGUUCAGAAUAAAACGAAGCGAGUUGUUGGAACAUAUGGCUACAUGUCACCAGAGUAUGCAGUGUUUGGCAGAUUUUCUACUAAAUCAGAUGUCUUUAGUUUUGGGAUCAUAUUGUUAGAGGUUGUAUCUGGCAAAAGAAGCAAUGGUUUUUCUCAAGAGGAUCCUUCCAUGAACUUGAUAAGACAUGUUUGGGACCUCUGGAGAGAAGACAGAGCCUUAGAAAUUGUGGAUACGACUCUGGAGUCAUAUAAUUCUGAUGAGGUCAUGAGAUGCAUUCAAGUUGCACUCUUGUGCGUGCAAGAAGAAUCAGAGGACCGGCCAGCCAUGUCUGCCAUUGUUUUCAUGUUGAGUGGUGAAACAUCUCCUCCAUCUCCUAACCAACCUGCAUAUGUCUUCAGAAGAAACUCCAGCACUGAUGCUGAAUCAUCAGUACCAAAACGAUUAUAUUCUAUAAACGACUUGACAAUAACUGCAAUGGAAGCUCGAUAAUGAUACAGGCUAUUGCUGUAUGUAAUUAUCACAUGUAACAUUGUAACUCUUUUUGUUUUAGUUCGUUAUUAAAUUUAUUGG